UACAUUUGCAUAGCGAACCUAAUCAGUUUUGUUGAUUACGUAGUACGACGUCUUCUUGAUUGGACGUAAGAAAUUUUCCUUCGGUUAUAAGGAGCUCCAGCGGUGGAUACUUUGCAAUUACAGACCAUGGAGACCACCGAAGCUACUUUCCGUGACUGGUUUUUAUUCAUGAUGUCUUACCCAAGAACACAACCGCUGACCAACACUCAAAAAUUUACCCAGUGGUCGGCCUUCGUUACCUAUUGCCUGGGAGGAGGCAGUUUGCUCCUUUGCCCUCAGCUGUGGAAGUUUCUGUUACUGUUACGCUUCGAAGGCCGUACUGAAGGGUACCUUCGUCUUGUAGGAUUGGGCGUAUUCAUAAUUGGCUUCAUAGGCGUCAUCUCAGCGCGUUCCAGUAACCAAGUACCCAAGCAUGGGGUCAUUUUAGGGUCCAUUCCAUCCCGUCUCAUCGGCGUAAAUGGAAUCUUACUCAUGCUGGUCCUCAGAGAAAAUAUCCCGUUAUCAUUUGCGCUGGUGUUCAUGCUGAUAGAUACAUUACUACCCCUGAUCACCCUGCUGUUAUGGUGCCGCGAAACAGAGGGAUCCUCAUCGGGAAUUUCUUGCCGAAACAUCUUCGCAGACAUGGCAGUCAUCCUUUCCAUUGGCGUGUUUCAGUUGUUCUUCUGGCUCGUGUUCGUUAUAAGGCCUGACAUCGCUUCUGACAUUCUACAGCUCGAUGAGUUCCAGGCUCACUCCGCUGGCUUCUUGGCAUGCGCGUUUUUUACCCUAUCCAUUCACGGUUGGUAUCACAUAACGAACGCAUGCGCUGUUAAUCGACCGUUUGUCCCAACGGCCCUUUUUUACCGAGUCUUCAUCAAUGUACCGGUAUUAGUCAUUUUGGUUUCGGUGGAUCAAAUUGAGCAGAAUCUAUUCCUUGCUUUGAUGAGUCUCGACAUAUGUAUUUCGAUUAUAAUUUUACUAUUUAUGACUUUCUGCCGAAAUCCUACUGCCUCGUAUAAAGAGGUUUCUGAAGAAACACUUCUAACAUAUGAAGAUGGACACUAAAGCGUAUUGUUAGGAGUUGCAUCGUGAACCACGAAAGAUAUUCGUAUUGUUAAUAUAUAAAAGCCUGCAGAACGGCCGUAGUUUAUUUUGUGUUUUUCAGUCGCGUGGAAGCACGUGCGAGCGUCAGGCGGGUGCGAGGCGAGGGUGAAGUACGAGUCACAGUUACAGAGAAAGAGCGCGUCUGCCUCUUCUCGCCAGAAAAAACGCAAAAAGGAGGCACACAUGUUCAGCAUGCUUGAGUUGUUACUAUAAUUAUUAUGUCAGGAUGGGUUUCUAAGAUGAUUAAAACUAAAGCUUGGCUCAGAGAAACAAUCAAAUAUCGAAAAUAGAAUCGUUGCAGGUUCAAAUAUUGGUUGACCACGAAAAAUAAUGGAAGUAAAGUACGGAUGCAAAUUUCAUCUCUAGCAUACACAAGAUACAAAAUUCAA